AUGAAUUUGCAGAUAUCUAAAGAGCAGAUUGCACGCUUGGUUGCAGUCGAAAUGUCGAAGAGGAACGAGCAACAUAAUGCUAAAGGAGAAAAGCGUUUUAGCUAUAUUGACCUGUACAGCAGUCGAAAACUUCUCACUUAUACAAUAGUGACUUCUUUUAGUUUGUUCGUGAUAAACUGCGUUACGUACUCGUUGGUUUUCAACAUGUCGCAAGUGCAAGGUUCAAUUUAUGUGAACACAGCCAUCAGUGGCAUUUUGAGAUAUUGUAUCGGUAUUGCGAUCGCUGUUGUCGACUAUAUCUAUGUGAACGCAGGACGGAAACUGGUGCAUAUCGUUUCGAUGGCAGUUAUUGAUAUGUGUCUUGGAGGCGUUCUAGUUCUUUUGCAUUUCGGUACCAUUUCUUCACGUCUCAAUCAUCAUUAUAGUCAACCGUAUAUUUGUUCUCAAUUCGAUCCCAGUAAUCAAACAGCCAACAACAUUUUAGGACUUGCUGAGCGCUUUAACUACUUGAUAAGAAUAUUCACACUGACGACUUUCGGUAUAACCGGAUCUAUAUUUGCUCAGGUCUUACUGAUCUCGGCCGAAUUGUUCCCAACCGUGGUUCGAAAUCUAGCGAAUGCUCAUAGUAAUGUUGUUGCUCGAGUUGGUACAACAUUAGCACCGUUGAUAUUUCAGUUGGUAAGUCACUCGAAUGAUAAUUUCUCGAGAAUAUCAAUUCUGUCUCAAAGUGCACCUUACCUGCUGCUGAUAACUCUGUCAACAAUUGAUAUUUUCGCGAUUUUAUUCGCUAUUCCCGAAACGAAAAAUACACAUUUGGCACAUUUUAUUUCUGAUGAACUGAACGGGUAA